AAGGUGUACCUCAAGAUGCUGGCUUGUACGGAGAUGAUCACUAUGUGCCUGCAGUCGGCCAAACAGAAGCAUCUUCGGGCUCAGCAGCAGCAACAACAGCCGCUGCACACCGCCGGACAAGGGCUUACUAUCUUUCAUGAUAUUUUCCGCAGAGCAGACAAAAAUGACGAUGGCAAGCUGUCAUUUGAAGAGUUCAAUGCUUACUUUGCGGAUGGGAUCCUGACUACUGAGGAGCUACAAGAGCUUUUCUACUCCAUAGAUGGCCGACAAAAUAACAAUCUGGACACUGACAAGCUAUCAGACUAUUUUUCUCAGCACCUGGGGGAGUAUCUCAAUGUACUUUCAGCUCUGGAGAGCCUGAAUGUUGCCAUUUUAAAGGCAAUGGAUAAAACUAAAGAGGAGUACCAGGGUUCCAGUGUGUUGGGCCAGUUUGUCACCAGGUUCAUGCUAAGAGAGACGUCCAGCCAGCUACUUUCUCUACAGAGGUCACUGCAGUGUGCCAUGGAGGCAGUGGAAGAGCAGAGCAGCCCUGCCCCGAGAGAGGUAAAGGCACCGGAGCUGACAGCACUACAGAGAAAUGGCAGGCGGUGUGGUCGCAGGGUCCAUAAUAACCUGUGCAUGUCCCCAUCAGAUCCCUGCUCUGGCAUCCUGACCACCGGUGUGAGCAUGGAAGAUGGAGAAAACUGGUGCUCUCAAAUCAACAGGCUGCAGCAACUGCUGGAUAAACUGGAGUGUCAGGGUCCCAAGUUGGAGCCACUGAAAGAGGACACACUGGCCAGCACGUACAAGUCUAACAUCCUGCUGGUUCAGAGGCAAAUGUCGGUGACUGGAGAAGAUCUGGACAACUUCCGGAAAGUUCUGAAGGGCUACGUCGAUGCCACCUCAGCCCACUCUGACAAUCUGCAUGUGUCCGUUCAGAAGCUCCCGGGAAAGUCGUGUUACAUAAUGUAUGAGUUCUGGCAAGACCGCAUCUCCUGGAUGAGCUACCUGCAGUCCAACAGCAGUAAAGAUUUCCAGCGCUGCAUCAUUGACAUGUUGGAGGAUGCUGAAGUAGUUUCUACUAUGUUGCUCCCAGCUUCCUGGUGGAUUAUGACUAACAACUAACAACUGAACCCAGAAUGUCACAUCUACUGCCUACACUGUCACACGGACAAAGACGCAUUGGCACAUCAACCCACCCACACACACGCACACACACACACAUACAUACACAAAACACACACACCCAGAGGAAUUCAAAAGGCAAACAAGCAACAGGAGACAGAGACAAUGGUGUCAUCCAGCAUUCUCCAGCAGCAUAUUUUAUUGUUCUUCUGUCUUGGACUGCUUAUUAUUGUGCUGCUUAUAUUAAAAGGGAGAGUUGCACCCUAUAGCCAAUCUAUAGACUUGAACGUAACUGAUUCUCUGCAAUGCAAAAGCCUUUUUAUUGUUGUUUUUUUUCUCUCUGUCUCUGUUUACUCUGUCUCUCACUUGUGCUAUAGCCUCCUCUUUCUUGCACUGUUUGUCUGAUAUUAUGCCAGUGGAGAACAACCUACUGUAAGACCCUAGUAUAGGCUAUUUGAGCAAAUUCAAUUGGAAUGAAAAUGACAGUAUUGUGUGGCAGUAAUGGCAGUAGUGUUUUGUGCUUUGGGGGAGUUGUUUAAUGUUGAAUACAAUUCAAAUAGGAGGGGAAAGCAGUGAAGAUAAGGAGAUUAAGGGUCACUGCACCCUAAACAUGCAUGCUGAUGACUGGUGGCCAAGAGCUUUCAGGAAUAGUUCCUUUAAAUCCUGGUUGCACAUGCUAUAUGAUACUGUACCACUGUUUUUCUUUCAUUUAGCUAUCCUACUGUCAUGUGCACAGAAUGCAAAAAAACAAAACAAAAAACAAAACCGCCCUGACAUCUAUCUAUUGCUAGAUAUACUAGUGGUCAGUUAUUUAUAUUAGUUACAUCUCCUCAAUCUUCAGUCUGAGACACAAUCUUGGUCUCAAAUGUAAAAACAUCUCAAAAAAUGUGUGUCUAAGGAAAUGAACACUUUGUGAGGAGAUUUCAUUACAUCACUAAGUUAUAAAGAAAUAAUGUAUUUAAUGUAUCAGUUUAUUCCAUCUGUACAUAUGGAACUGAGAUAUAUUCAUAUUUCUGUUGUGUUUUGGUUCAGUAAUGUACAACACCA